AUGUCACAUCGCCGUGUCAGCGCUGAAGGACGGGCCGUCGCCGAUUCGACCGCAAGCAAAUUUGGGGGCGACGGAUUGACCUCGUUGUCGCCAUCGCGGGCCCGGGCCCUAAGCACGUUGAUGUCCAUUGACCCAGAGGACGCCGACACUAUCGAGGGCUAUGCAACAGCCAUGGGCGAUAGUCUCGUGGACACGGGCACUCGAGUCGCCAAGUGGUCAUCACUGAAUGCCCUGGACGCGUCCCUUUUCUCCAUUCAGAAGACAGCGUUUCAUUCGGCGCAUCGGAAUUCAAAACCUCAUGUGUUCUCAAACCCCAUAACAAAAAUAAAAUAA